AUGCCCAGACGCUAUCAUGUACAGCGAAAGCAUAUCAUACAAGCCCUCGACGCCCUCUUAUACCAACUGUUUUGCUUCUCUUUCUACCUAUCGCCAUCGUUGUUCACUAUGUUUCUUCGACUAUCUGCUCAGCUCGUGUGUGCGACGACGAGAGAACUUUCCCCAACAAUGUCAUUGGGAAGCUUCUUCUUCUUUCCCCUCUUCAGCAACAGUUUUAGCGUGUGGAAUCACGCUACAGUUGGACCGACAGAAGGCAGAGCGGUCGUCCUGGAUUUCGUUGGACUCGCUUAUGCACCAACAAAAUUCCAGUUGCUAUUCGUUGAUUUUUCCAUCAUUUUCAUGCAGGUGCUACUCACAAUUAUAUCCUUCGAAAUGCACACCUCAGACAGUAGUACGGCGGAUUCCAAUGACUACUUACUCCCGGCACCCACAUCACCUAUACCACCACUCCUCCCGGCAUCGGUUUCGCUUGAAACGACAUUUGCCAACCAAAAGGCAUUCGAAACUCCGAAUAACGAGCCACAAUACAUUUUGGACAUACGAGUCUCAUCCAUAUUUGCGCGUCUACGAAGUACACCUGCCAUGUCCCGCACUUCCAAUUCACAGGAUACACUCAUACCAUUCCCCAAUACGACUUCGUGGCCUAUCCCAAUCACAAUGUUGAUGCGAACGGCAGGUCGACGCCGCCAAACGGCAACAGAGAGAGCUAAUGCUCCUUCGAGAGAUACAGGGGAGGACCGGGACAACAGGACGGUCCCUGGAGGAAUGAACACUGAAAACCUGGAUUGA